AAGAGUGAGCAGCUGAGCGGUGCGAGCUGCUGCUGCGGUAGCUGGAGACGGGGCGGGAGGAGGCGGUGAAGGUGGAGCAAAACCUGCGCGGCUUCCUUCCCGUCCAGGCUGCAAGCGCCGAAGGCAUUCGGCAGGAGCACGGACGGCCUGCGUGGUCGGACGGGAAGACGGCGUGCUGAAGGCUCGUCGGAUGGGGCCGGCCGAGCUUCUUGUCGCCACACGCCGCACCGCCAAGCUGAGCGCAGGGAGGACGAAGGAGCGCGGCAGCGCAGGAGGCCGACAACCCAUGGAUUCAGACAUCAACAGCUAAACUGACGCAAAUUUACUGAUAUUUUUGACGAAGAUCGUUUUAUCGAGACACUCAGACAACAUAUCACUAUCUGCGGAAGGAAUAGAUUGAAAUGGAAAAUGCCCGUGAAAGGAGCUGGAGAGGGAAGUUUCACCGACCUGGUCGAGUUAUCAAUCCUGAGGCAAACAGAAGAGAUGAAAAAUGCCCACUUACUCCUCUAGAGGUUGGUAUGAUGCUGCGAGGCAUGGGAUUUGACAAUACAACCUUCCUCUAUGUAGCUUCUGACAAAAUAGAGAAUGCUGCAAAAUACAUGGCUCCCCUUCGCCAGAUGUUCCCUCUUUUAGAGACCAAGGACACUCUUGCUUUGCCUGAAGAAUUUGCUGAGUUUAAGGGGUACUCAUCUCGGUUAGCAGCAUUAGAUUACACUGUCUCUGUUCAGAGCCAGGUGUUUGUGACGACUCAAAGGGGGAACUUCCCUCACUUUCUGAUGGGGCACAGGCGUUACCUGCUAGGAGAGAAUGCAAAGACAAUAAAACCUUACAAACGGAAGCUGGUCUUAUCUUUUGAUGAUCCGAAUAUCAGGUGUACAUUUUGCUGAUGACGUCGGAAAAGCAUGGUCAAGCAUGGCAGUACAUUUUACCGAUAAUUACCGCUGGGAGCAUCCGCAAAGCAACCACACCAGCAUAAACAGAGGAAUCAGAGGCAGACGAAGCUAAAUAAUGUGUAAAACCUAGAACCUGACUAUCUUAGCUGGCCAUGCUGCUAUGCACGGUAGCUGUUUAGAUUCAAAAGGUGAAGCUACCACACAUGGAGUCUAGAACCACAUAUCGUUUCUAAAACAACAGGAAAAAGAAACACUUUGUAAAUGAUAAGCACAUAGCAAGUUUGAGAUGUAACAUUCCCGUUACGCUGUUUAUUUCAGGUUUCCGGACCGUUCUGAAGCCCAGAAGCCAUUAUUAUGAGAACGGUUGACGGCCUAACCUGCCUGAAGAAGAGCAGUUUGCCGGCAUAUGUCAGAAUGCGGACGACGACCCUGGCGACGACUAUUCGAAGCUGACCUCCGCAGGAUGCCUCCAUGAGAACGGCUCGAAAGUCGAUGGGCCCGUAGAAGAGCCGUAUGCUCUUGCAUAGCCAGACGAUGACGACGAUUGCCAGCUGCUCUUUCGGAAGAAGUGGAAGGAGUAGCGGAAACUGAAACACAGAUGAAAACAUAGUGAGGCAAAAACAGGAGAAAAAAAGCACGAGAAGUGUGGAAAGAAAGCAAGGUGGACGAACCACGCCACCAUCGAUCAAUUCCCGCAGCUGGCACAUCUGAUCUGGCCGCCGAGUGAUAUGAGCAAAACGAAUCGCAGGACUCCGCACAUCAUCAGCAGCAAGGGCGUCAGCAAGGGAAGAAUCAGAAGGGUAAACAUCAGCCGAAGACGGACCAGGCGCGUCAACAGCUCGCAAAGAAGCCACAGGCAAAGGUGUCCAUGAACUCUGGUCUCGCAAGGAUGGCAAAUGUGAGCCGUUGUCCACAGGGAAUAAAUCUGAACAAAAGCAGGAAAUAAGUAAGAUAGAAAUCAAGAAGAUUGAGAUAAGAAAAGAAAGCAAAAAAUGAAGACAAACCAGGUAGAGAAGCAGUAAAAUCGUCAUCGGUUAACGAAGGGGCGAUAGCAGAGUCGACGACAGCAUCAAACGCCCCAGGGAAAAGAGGCUGGAUAGAAGGGCCGCCAACAGCAGUAACCCAUCCCUGCCAUGCUCUCCAGAACGGCCAGCGGAAUCCCCUAGGUAAGCAGCAGAAGAAACCUGAGAAGAUAGGGGUAAAGAAUUCUGCAAAGAAACAACAGUGAACAAAAGGCAUCAGUACCAGAGCCUGAAUCGAUAACCGGCCGUUUGCCCAGCCAAAUUUCACGUCUUCUCAGAGUUUCUGCCUCUAACAAAAGGCAAAACAUUGCUGUCAGGCAUCAACGAUGAAGAAGAUCCAACGGCAGUCUGGGCUGCAAGAGAAACAGCAGAGAGUGGACGCAAGGGCGCCGCAGGCACGGGCACCAGAUCAAAAUCUGCAGGCAAGAUGGAGUGCGCGCGGCCGCGAGAACGGCCACGAGCACGACCUGGAGGCCUCCCACGGCGCAGACGACCACCGUCGGAAGCAAGACCACCGCGAGGCGGACGCGGAGGCAAAGCAUGAAGGCCACGAUGGCGGCGCGCGCGGAGCCGGAGACGGAGAAUGAGAAGAAGAGGGAGGCCGACCGCGCCGCCGGCCAGCAGAAGCGCGCGUAGGCAUAGACUACCUGCAGAAGAAAAAACCGGCCACCAUUACGAACCAAGGAGGAGGAGGGAGAUCAGAAAAAGUGAAGAAAAAAGAACAGUCCGGCCAGGCGAGCAAGAUCACCGUGACGGCGAGCAGAGAUCGAUCGUGGACGGACGAAGAACUAACGCGAACCACGAUCAGAGGAAGACGCAUGCGUCGGAGUUUCCGUGAGUAACCCCAGAAGAAAAGGAACAGAAUUAAUUGGGAAGGAGAAAAUUAAGGGGCGAUCAAAAAGGAAAAAAGGAGGUUGCAACACGGCAUCACCUCAAGCAAACGUGGAAGCAGCACGUAGCAAGCAGAAGAAAAACGUGGAAAUCCAGGAGGAUGGAGAAGCCAGGAAACGAAUGGAACAACAACUUGCCGGUUGCCGGUCACCCAGAGGCCUAAAAAAAAGGAAAGAUUAAACGGAUGACCAACCGACUAAAGGAGUGAAAAAAAAAAACAGAAAACGUGGCACCCUUUGAAUGGACGAAAAGGAAGGAAAAUAGAGCAUGAACAGUUGCCAAACUAAGCAGAACGCUUAAAAUCAGCUACGCUUUAUAUAGUGUAUGUAUAUAUAGUGUAUAAUAUCUCACGGAUAGUUGUCAACAUAAAACAAUAUAACAAGUGCAAUAAGUAAACAUGUAAGAAACAAUGCACACAGUUUACACAA